UCUCAGGUACUCUCACCUUAUCCCUCGCUCCUUCCGGUGGUAGUAAUUCAGUGCAAAGCUUUUCCUGUGUUCUCUUGCAUUUCUCACCUGGGCAACAGCCAGCAAAGUUGCUUGCUUCUGAGAAGAGAGCUAACUAAGUAGGCCCAAAUCCAACCCCUUCUUGCGGGGAGCUAGGCUGGGUGGGCAGAAAGCCAGAACAAGCCGUGGAGACAGAUCUGCACAAUGGAGACCGUGCGCACCAACGGGACUGCAGGGAAGCAAGAGGACGCAAAGACCUCAGUCUCCCCUAAGAAAGAAGCUGAGGAAGUGAAGAAGUCCAACAGUCCAACCAAAGGUGAGAAAGAUGGCAGCAAGAACAACUCCACCAGCCCGUCGGUGGAGACAGGUCAGGUCAAAAAUUCUAUUUACUCUGGGGGUGAGUGGAAGAGACCCAUCAUCCAGUUUGUUGAAUCAGCUGAUGAGAAGAAGUCGACCUACUUCAGUGUGGAUUCUGGGGAGGCCAAGAAACCAGCUUUCCCCACUGUGCAGCUAGGAGAAGUUAGAAGGCCCCAAAUUUCCUUCCCGGAGAGGGGGGAUCUGAGAAAGCCCAUGUUUACAGUAGAAACGAAGAAACCCUUUGCCAGCGAAGGGGAUGGCAAAAAACAGUUCUUUGCCAGUGGACAGAUUGCGGAUCUAAGGAAGCCCACUAUCUCCAUCUCUCUUACAGAACCAGGAGAAACAAAGAGGGCCAACUUCAGUAGGGCCACCAGAGUGUCCAGUUCAAGGCCCCGGGUGAAUCUGGAAGAGGUCCUUUGCGAUUCCUGUAUUGACAACAAGCAGAAGGCUGUGAAGUCUUGCCUGGUGUGCCAAGCGAGCUUCUGCGAGCUCCACCUGAAGCCCCACUUAGAAGGGGCCGCGUUCCGAGACCACCAGCUGCUGGAUCCCAUCAGGGACUUUGAAGCCAGGAAAUGCCCCAUCCACGGCAAGACUAUGGAGCUCUUCUGCCAGACCGACCAGGUCUGCAUCUGUUACCUCUGCAUGUUCCAGGAGCAUAAGAACCACACCACAGUGACGGUGGAGAUUGAGAAAUCUGGCAAAGAGACUGAACUCGCCCUGCAAAAAGAACAGCUGCAACUCAAGAUCAUAGAGAUUGAAGAUGAGGUGGAUAAAUGGCACAAAGAGAGCGACCGGAUCAAGAACUUUACCACCAAUGAGAAAGCCACAGUGGAGCAGCACUUCAAGGAGCUGAUCCGUGAUUUGGAGAAGCAGAGGGACGAAGUGAAGGCUGGCCUCGACCACAGGGAGAAGGUGGCCGUGGAGAACAUCAAGGAGAUCGUGGAAGAGCUGGAAGACAGGGCCAAGCUACUGCAAGAGGACAAGGAGACAAGGGAGCAGAUCAGCCAGAUCAGUGAUUCAGUACUGUUCCUGCAGGAAUUUGGAGCCAUGAUGAGGAACUACACCAUCCCUCCCUCUCUGCCAACUUACAGCAUCCUUCUAGAGGGAGAGAACAUGAGCCCAUCUAUGGGGCUGCUUAGGGAUGACCUCCUGAACGUGUGCAUGAGGCAUGUGGAGAAGAUCUGCAAAGCAGACCUCAGUAGGAACUUCAUUGAGAGGAACCACAUGGAGAACGGGGAUCACCGCUUCAUGGUGAAUAACUACUCCGAUUGGAACCAGCCAGACAGUCUGAAGAGAUUUUCCAUGUUCUUGACUCCAAAAGGAGGCAAUUACAACAGCCGGGCAUGGGAAUAUUCUACCAUUCAGACGGCUGAGGAGACGCUUACCACAGGGAACUCUGCCUUCUCGAUGAAAGUGGGCAAUGGGACCAAGAUGCCAUAUCAGUUCCCCCCAAUUGGCCAGAGUUCACCUGGUGAUUUCAGCAAGCAGUCCGAUGGGAGCCUCUAUAAGAAUGCUUACCCUUCCAUAGUGAGGCACCAGAGUGCUAAGGCGCAGCCGCAAACGUGGAAGUCCUCCAAGCAGAGCAUGCUGUCUCAUUACCGACCUUUCUACGUCAAUAAAGGCAACGGAGUUACUUCCAACGAGGCCCCUUGAUCCCCAUCCUGCACAAGAAGAGCCGGUCAUCCUGGAGGGGGUGGACAGGAGAAUGUUCACGGAGGCUCCUGGCGCUGUAUUAAGCUUGCUGUUCUGAUCUCUCUUUUGGGGGGGUGGGUGCACUGAGAGGGGGGGCAAGGUUGGAAGAUUCUGGAUCAUUCCAGAGGAGUACCCCUCCCAAAAUCUGUUCCCCUUGGGUGAUAGCAUUGUUAUGCUUUGUAUCCCCAGUUCUAUGACAGCCCCCAGAGCUAGUGCAGACCCCAGCCAAAGUUUCCUCUAUAGCCCCCCCUUCCACCCAAACCAUAUGAAAACAGACUGCACGACAGCUCUACUUAAUGUACAUAUCUGCUCCCCCCCUCCCACCUUCUGGCCGUCUGCUCAGAGAGACAUGAGCUUGGUUAAUGCCUGCAUUGGUUUGCUUUCCUUGGUUGGGCCACUACCCUGGCAUUUUUGAUGCUGAGAGGAGCUUUAAAACAGCCUAUUGCCAGCAUCUUUCUCCACCCCCUUCUUCAUCCUUUCUGUUUUGACACUCGCUCUUCUUACCCAGACCUGCCCAUUUGUAAUACCAACCAAUAUUGUCCAUAUUUUAUAAGCAUCAGUCAGUUGUCACAACGAUGAGACAAAAAGCUCUGUGUCCCAUUAACAUCUGCUUUCCCCCCCAGGUCAUCCUUUCAAACUAAAGAACAGAGGAGGGGGAAUCUCUCCUGAUAAUGACAGAUUGAUUCAAUGCCCUGCCUCUUCCCUCUCUCCUGAGUCUGAGAUGAUUCCGGCUGAUCUGUUUUGGUUCAGUUGCUUUGUUUUAUUAUCUGGAAGAAAAACGAUGUUUGUUUUGUUCAGGGGUGAAGUUUGGAAAAUUAUUCUUGUUGUGCUUUGAAUAGGCUUAUGGGGAGGGGAGGGGAACAGGUUCCUACAAUGGCAAACCAAACUCUCAGUGUGUGCAAUGAUGCACAGGGUGCCGAAAUGGAGAACCAGUGGGCUCGAAUGUUGGUCACCAUGGGAACCAUUUCCCAAAGGCCCCUAGAAUUGGUACCCAUCUCUGAAAGGCAGCAACCAUCUCCGGCAAGUCCCAAGAGCCCAGCUUCUGGAGCCCUUUCACAUUCAUGACGCCUUCCCAAGGAAGGUUCUGCAUCUUAUAAAUGCUGCAGUGUGAAGAAGAAAGGACUUCAUCCCAUCUUGUUCAAGUGUGUAAUUUCCUCCACCUGCCUAGUAAGCUGCUUCCUCCUCCAUCACCAGUGCAUGCAAACACUCACGCACACAUACCAUACCUGACCGACAGAGGUCACACGUACUGCUCGCUGAAAAUUACUUUGCUGCUAAUCCCUUUGCAAAACAAAGCUGUGCUUUGCUUUUUUAUCUGUUGCCUUAGAUAUAUAUAUAAAAAAUUAAAUUGCAGCACGAAAGACGUUUCCUUGAGGACAUCAUCCCACAUUCCACUUUCUAAAACAUUCAUGUUUCCAAAUAAAAAGAAACUGAAACAGGUUUAUAGAAAGCUGAGAACCAGGGAGAGAGAUUUGCUUUGAACGUUUAAAAAAAGUUACUCGAGGGAGAAGAAAGACGCCAAAGGAACAUGCAGCAUUUGCUGGACUGUAAUUCAUGGAAAUGGAGAAUGGAAAAACCAAAAGGUGAAAGGACCUUGGAACAUCAUCUGGUCCCAUCUGUCCAUGCAGCUAGUUGGCAAACAUUUGCUUGCUUAACGCACAAUGAAUUAACCUGCAGGGCAGCCAACCUCUUUCAAAGAAAUUAGCAUGGUUCCAGCAGCUCAGCUCUUGCAAAUCUUAUUGUCCUCAUCUCAGAACUGGUAGUUUCUUUUUAAUAGAGGAAAAAAGUCGCAGUGAAGAAAUAAACAUGUUGUCAUGCUUCAGAGAGAACUGGGAACAAAAAUAAGAUCCCAGCAUGGUUUGGAGGUAGCUCAGCUUUUACCAAGUCAGUUUAUCACUUCUGGUUUCUCUUUUUUCAACCUUUACCACUCCAGUUCUUUUCACAGUAUCGAAAAGGAGUAUGAGCAUUUAUUGCAGAAAACAUAUAUUAAUAUGAGGUUGGCCCCUAAAUGUUUUUCAAUGCCAGUGCUCACCCUUUAAGCAGAUGCUGUAAUGAUAAAGACAAAAGUGGAUCUAAGCAUGCGCAGAGUAUUGUUGUCAGAACUGAUAAGUCCAUUUGGACUGCUCCAAGACAGGACAUUUCAGAUUUGGGCUUCAAACCCCCUCCCCAAAUUUGGUAGAGUCAAAUCAAGCCAAUGGGUAUUGGCUUUUUCGGCUUCACUGAAAAUUGCCAGGUUUUUAAAAUCCACACGUGACAUUUACGGAAAGCUAUUCGUGCUUACCUUCCAACCCAUAGUUUCAAACAGAAUAGAUCUGAAACUAAACAAACAUGGAAGAGAAAGAGUCUGCAGGGAAUUUGCCUACCUUGGGUCUGUGUGUAAAAAUCCUGGCUUGUAUUCUUUACUCUGAAUUUAUUAUUACAACAUUGCUUUGAAUGGAUGGUAUUGCCUUGAAACAUUUUAGGGAAGUUCCUGUUAUUUGUCUGAAAACAGCUAUCUCUAAGAUUCAGCUUUGUAAGUGUCCCUGAACAAAGAAUAUUAAAAUAAAGAAAACUGAGGAUUUGGGGAA